CCAAGUUAAAUUUUCAGCUUUUCUUUAAAAAUUAAUCCAAUAAGUCGAUUAUUUUCUACAGCUUUACUUUACUUCAUCUAUACCUCCAUAACACACAUCAAGUUCUCUUCUACUUUCAACUCUAGACAAAAUGGUUGGUACAAAUGAACUCCGGGCAGAGAACCUCUUCUCAAUGAAGAAUCAUGUUUGCGUAGUGACAGGAGGAGGAACUGGUAUCGGUUUGAUGUAUUUUCUCUUUCCUGAUUGGGAGGGAUGUAUAUACUGAUAACUUAACAGGGCAGCACAAACAUUAGCUGCUAAUGGCGCAAAAGUAUACAUCACAGGUCGUCGAAUGGAAGCCCUCGAAAAUGCAGCCAAGCAGCAUUCCCCAACAUCUGGUGGUUCCAUCAUCCCGUGAGUUCCUUGUCCUCUUCAUCAUUAUCUAUAAAUAUCUGAGAGAACAUAGGAUUGGCCCCUGCGACGUAACUAGCAAGAAAGACCUUGAAAACCUCGUAGCUGAGAUCAGUAAAAAAGAAAAAUAUAUCAGUCUCCUUCUCGCUGGCGCAGGGAUUUCGGGCCCUAAAGCAGAACCCGAUUCUUCGGAUGCAGUCGAACUGAAAGAUAAACUUUUCAACUCUGAAAGUUUUGAAGAAUGGGGGACUACGUUCAAUACCAAUGUAUCGGCUGUCUAUUUCACUACGGUGUGCUUCCUCCCACUGCUGCAAGCUGCCCAUAAGGCUCAUGGGAGCAUGUCUUCUUCAGUCAUUGUUAUUAGUUCCAUGAGCGGUAUCAUGAGACAUGCACAGGGCCAUUUUUCGUACAAUGCGGCGAAGGGCGCGACGGUGCAUCUGAGUAAACUGAUGAGUUAUGAGUUUAAAAAGAUUGGGGUUAGGGUUAAUAGUAUUGCGCCGGGAUAUUUUCCAAGUGAGAUGACGGUGGGAGAGAGUGAUGAGACUCAGAAGAGUCAUUUGAAGGAUGAGAAAGUUCAGGAGAAGGGUCACGUUCCUAUGCAGAGACCUGGAAGGUAUGUUUUUGUCCUUUUGAUUUAUGAGUAGGGAAAGGCUAAUGGUUUCUACAGUGACGAGGAGAUGGCGAUGGCAGUGUUGUUUUUGGCGAAGAAUAAUUAUGUUAAUGGGGAGAUUAUUGCGGUUGAUGGUGGUGUCCUGUUGGAUGUUCCAGGAAGGUAACGAGAUGAGAUCGAUGGAAAGAUGUUCACAUUCAGGCCUGCAUGUUGGUUGGAUUAAAUACAUAUUGAGAUGAUAUGAAACAGAAAUAACAUUCGUACUCUAUAUUCUACAACUUGGCAAUCACUUGCAGGGUUAGAUAUAGCAGACCAGAUGCGAGGUUUCAAAAUUGGAGAAGUGUACUUUUUCAAUGGAUUGUUUAACCAUCCCAACGAACGAAUUUUUUUCCAGAUAGAAAUAAUAAUGGAUCACAAUCUUUCACGUUAGGAUUAA